UCCCCUCCUCCACUCCUCCGAUAACAAGUUCCUUGACAAAGAAUAAUCAUCACUCCAUCCACACAUCCAUCCAUCAUAUUGUGUGUGUGUAUCGGCAUCUACUCGGCACCUUGUCAUCUCCUCCACAUCUUCACCAUCUUCACCCUCAUCCUCACCUCUAUAUCUCUCUCCAUCGCCCUCACGCGGAGCCCUUCUCGGUCUUUUGUCAGACUAACCUGACCGUCUUUCUCCCCUCCCUUGGCCCCGAAACCUGGCCUUCCCCAAGCCAUCUCUACGUCAUCAAGUGAAUCCAGUCACUUUUUCCAUCUCGCACACGACAACUCCCUCGUCUCGUCACCGGCCCUUCCUCGACUCGACCGUUUUACCCAUCCUCUCCCUCGCACCUUGUCCUCUAUCCUAACCUGUCCGUUAUAAUCGCAUAAGAAACUCGAUCGUACGGCGAGGGUACACAAUGGGUGACGCUGGCCCACCGACUCCACCGCCUGGCCUGGAUGCGCUUCAUCCGGAGUUCGACACAACCGAUUCCCAGCAUCCGCCGUUAAGAGAGGUUAAGGUCCUGGUCACAGGUUUCGGGCCCUUCAAAUCCUUCCUUGUCAAUCCAUCAUGGCUCAUUGCAUCCUCUCUGCCCCCUGAACUCUAUCUCGAAGCACCAUCAUCCAAUUCUCCUGCUCCAGCAUAUAAAAUCCGUCUGAUUGUUCAUCCUGAACCGAUCCGCGUCACUUAUCCUGUUCUCACCAGUCUCGUUCCUUCUCUUAUCAAGAAACAUGACCCAGACUACAUCCUUCACAUCGGCAUGGCCGCUGGUCGGGACUGCUAUUCACUGGAAACUCGCGCGCAUCGUGACGGCUAUCGAAUCAAGGAUGUUGAUGAGGGAGAUGGGUUUUCUUGCGGAGAAGUCACCUGGAAACGAGAGGGUCUACCAGAUCUUCUAAUGACCGAGUGGGAUGAGGAUGAAGUUCUGAAGCGGUGGGAUGAGGGCGUGGGCAAGGCGUUGAAAGCGAACCCAAACGAUUCAACCUCAAAUGCCAGUGCCGCGGUUCACCCUCCCAAACCUAUUUCCGGACCACUUGGUCUCAUGUGGUCGUUGACACCUAGUGCUGCAACGGCCACCCCCACUACAACCACAAGCUCCAUCGCUCCAGUCUCGCGAGCUGACAACCGGAAGAGGAGUGUUGUCAAACUCUCACGUGAUGCCGGUCGUUUCAUCUGCGAGUUUGCGCUCUUUGAAAGUCUGAGCCGACGAUGGCUGGACGAUGCACGACAUCAUCGCCGCGGAUCCUCAAGUGAGAUCGAGCAGUCAAAACCGGACACCAAAAACGAAGCCAACAACACCACAGAUGAUACUUCGUCGACCUCUUCACGCUCCUCAUCCUCGUCCCCAGAACGCGACCUCGGUCACCGCAAGCGUCUCGCUCAUGAACGAUUGGGCAAGGUGGCAUUCUUGCAUGUUCCAGGAUGGACAGGCGUGGAAGACAUUGCCAGAGGUACUAUCGUUGCCCAAGAAGCGAUCCGCGCACUGGUCACUAGUUGGGAGGAUGGCUACAGGCGGUCUGGCAGAGUGGACAUCACUCCCGCUGCACUCAACCAGAAGAAGUUCACCACGCAGAAUUCGGAGAUUCGCAGUCGUGUCGAGGACCCAGUGGUCGCAGAGGGCGGCGCCAGAUGACCAAAGCUGAGAUGCCGCCGCUGCUGAGGGAGCGAGUAGGUUACAAUGACCUGAGAAUGCAGUCGAGAAAUGUCAUGAGGGACAGUGAGGGUUUUUUUGGCGGGGCGUUGGUGUGUUGACUUGUGCAGAGAGAGGAUCGCCUCUGAUAUCGUCAUCUUGAUCUACAUCGUCUACGCAAUGUGGCUUUCUCUCGGAGAAUUUGAUGUUGGACAUACAAGCAUAAUUCUCAAUGUAUUAAGGUAUACAUAGAAUUUCGUAUAUAUGGGACAUCAAUCAACAUGGAAGUCUUCCC